AUGAUAAACACAAAUAAUAGAAUCACAUUGGAUGAGACAUCUCAUUCAAAUUUGUCACCAAGACUAAAUACUCAGCAAUACAAUAAGAAAAGAGAAUAUGAAAAUAAUCAUAAUAAUAGUAAUAAUAAUAGUUCAUCACCAUCAUCGCCGGUAUUAUUAAGCUAUCAUAAUUUGGAAAGUGGCGCACCUCAACCAACAAAGAAACUUAAGGAUUCAUUUUCAAAUUCUGAAAGAAAAUCAAUAGAUAUGAACAAUUUAUUGAUAAAUAAUUCAAAGGAUUCAUCCCCAAUUCCAAGUCCAAACGGCAACAUCCCUCUUAAUAACUUGUUGAAUCAACCGAAUAACGAUCAACAUGACUCACCACGUUCAAACUCCAAUUCCAAAGAAAGUUCAACUUCCCUUUUUUCAUUGCUUUCCAAAUCUAAUGAAGAGAAAUCUGAAUUUGAUAUUCCAAAGAAUUUUAUUACCAAACAAAACAGUAUCAUUUCAAGUAACCUGCGAAAAUCAAUCGAUGAUAAAUCAUCUUCAACAUCACCAAUGACAUCUCCAACUACAACACCUGUAAAUAGUUUAUUAUCACACCAAAACAAUAAUAAUAAUAGUAAUUCAAAUAAUGUAAAUUCAAAUAAUACUUCAUCUUCAUCUUCCAUCUCUUUGCCUAUCGAGGGCGGAGACUCUAUUAGCAUAUCCAGAAAAGAUUUGCAUAGUCUACAACAAGAACUUCAAGAUCUACGACACAAAUUGGCGGCUUCAGCUGUAACUCUAGUCUCUCAACCACUUGGCGCUCCAACCAAUAUUCCACCUCCACCACCACAACAAACACAACCAUCCAAUUCAACAAUUGUCGGAAAUUCACCUAGAGGUAAUACACCGGCAAACACAAUGGCAACACCUAAAACACCUACCACCGCACCUGGAAAUCCAUAUAUGCAGCAACCAUCACCUCCUCCAUUAUCACCGAGAAUCAACCAAUAUAUUCAUGAGUGUGUCGCCAGCGAACUUGGUAGAUUUAUGAAUGAGUUCCAAGUGAACUACAAUGAACAGGCUCGUAGAAUAGACUCUACUCUCAAAUAUAUUACAGAUUUCAGGAGCAAAUACGACAAUUUCUUCUUGGCUGUCGAAGAACGAAUGCACUAUAUGAUGUUGAUCAUCGGUGAGAUGGACAACAAGGAGAUGUCCGGAUCCGUCAACAACAAUAACAACGCCAACAACGGUGGUAAUAUGAAAGGUGGUGGUUCCAGUGGGAAUGCAUCGGUUGGAAAGAUCAAUGAAGCUGCAUCGGCUGCUUCACCGCAUUUGGGAAGUAAGGUAAUUGUUCAACAAAGAUUACAAAAGAGAAUAGAAGAACAAGCAGCUGCACAGUCACAACAACAACAAGCACAACAGCAACAACAACAAUUAACUCCACAAUUAUCACCAACUGGAAAACCACCAACACCACAUUUACCGCCACACCUUUACCAACAAGCACAACAACAAGCAGCAGCACAUCAACAACAACAACAACAACAGCAACAAUACGAACAACAACCACCGUACGACCGUUACUAUCAUCCAUCAAUGCAUCCCUAUCAAUAUCCACCACCCUAUUCACAUCAACCAUCCAACUACUAA